CAACAGCAGGUCACGAAAAAGUCGCCGACUGACUUUCUCAACAUUAUCCUAGGGCAGCGCGUGUUUGUGCGUUUGAACUCAGGAAUUGAUUACAAGGGUGUGUUGGCGUGCCUGGACGGAUACAUGAACAUUGCCUUGGAGCAAACCGAGGAGUAUGUGGAUGGAGAGUUGCGCAACCGCUACGGAGACGCCUUUAUUCGCGGCAACAACGUUCUGUACAUUAGC